GGAAAUGCACCUGGUUCUGGCCAGCCGCCGGAGAAGACAGACUCAGUUCUGCUCCUCACACCACAGCUCCUAGGCCAUGGGGCUUCCCCAGGGAGCCGGAGGGACUUUUGUUGGAACCAAGAGGGGGUCCUGCUGGAGGAGGGUCCCCUGGGUGUCCCUGAGCUGCCUGUGUCUCUGCCUCCUUCCACACAUGGUCCUGGGAACGACAGCGCUGCUUCCCUCAUCCUUUUCAAGCAGACAUAGUUCGACAAAGAGCAAUCCUUACGAGACAUCUCCUUCCGGUGAAACAACCACCUCAUCCCAUUCCAAUGUGAGAAACACAUUCUUGAUGACAUCACAGGUGCCAAAAAUGACAACGCCCACAGACUCCACUCCAGGAAGCACAGAGGAAACAUCAACAACUGGAAGUGAAAACACUGCCCUAGUCACCUCAGCAGGCUCGAUAACAGCUACACUAGAGGGACAAUCAACAGCAACUUCUUUAAGAACCUCUAAUCAGGGAAUAUCAGCUUCAUCUCAGAACCACCAGACUCAUGGCACGGAGAGCACCAGAGAAGCUCAAACCAGCACCCUCACACAGGGAACUACAUCAACUCCUUCCUCUUCCCCAGGUGUACUGAAUGUGACAGGCACUGUUCCUCAGGAGACAUCCCCUCCGGAUGAAAUGACCACCUCAUUCCCCUUCAGUGUCAGCAACACACUCAAAUUGACAUCAAAGAUUAUGACAAUGACCACCUUUGCAGAGUCCACUGUUAAUAAUACUGAGGAGACAAUGCCUGUUACCGAAAGUCUUAGGCCAGUCACUUCAGCAGUCUCCAUAAAAGGUGAGCCAGAAGGACAAUCACCAGAAAAUUCCUCAAGAUCCACUCUCCAGGACACAAGGGCUUUUUCUCAGAACCGCCAGACUCAGAGCCUGGAGAGCAGCAGAGAAUCUCUAACCGCCACCCUCACACAGAUGCCCACAUCCACUGUUUUUUACUCCCCAGGAGGACAUAAUGCGACAUGGACUGUUCCUCAGGAGACAUCUACUCCAGGGGAAACAACCACCUCAUCACCCUCCAGUUUCAGCAACGCACCUGUGGUGACAUCAAAGGGUACAACAAUGACGACCUCCACAGACCCCACCCUUGGAAACACAGGGGAGACAUCAACACCGCUUACUGGAAGUCUUAUGCCAGUCACCUCAGCAGUCUCAAUAACAGCUGGGCCAGAAGGACAAUCACCAGCAACUUCCUUAAGGACCUCUACUCAGGACACCUCAGCUUUUUCUCAGAAACACCAGUCUCCGAGCACGGAGACCACUAGAGACGCUCAAAGCAGCACCCUCUCCCAGAGAACCAUGUCAACUCUUUCCUCUUCCCCAAGUGUACUGAAUGUGACAGACGCUGUUCCUCAGGAGACAUCCCCUCCGGAUGAAAUGACCACCUCAUUCCCCUUCAGUGUCAGCAACACACCCAUAAUGAAAUCAAAGACUAUAACAGUGACAACCCUCACAGAGUCCACUUCUAAUAUCACUGAGGAGACAUCAACCCCUAGAACUAGAAGUCCCACUCCAGUCCCUUCAGCAGCCUCCAUAACAGCUGAGCCAGAGGGACAAUGGACAGCGGCUUCCUCGAGGAUCUCUAUCUGGGACACAUCAGCUUCUUCUCAGAACUACCAGACUCAGAGCACAGAGACCACGAGGGAAUCUCAAAGGAGCACCCUCACACAGAUGAUCACAUCAACUCCUUCCUCCUCCCCAAGUGCACACAAUGUGACAGGGACUGUUUCUCAGGACACAUCUCCUCCAGGUGAAACAGCUGCCUCAUCCCUCUCUAGUGUCACGAACAUACCCGUGAUGGUAUCAAAGACUAUAACAAUGGCAGCCUCCACAGACUCCACUCUUGGAAACACAGCAGAGACAUCAACUGCACUUCCUGAAAGUCUUAUGCCCGUCACCUCAGCCUCCUCAGUAACAGCUGAGCCAGAAGGACAAUCCACAGCAAUUUCAUCAAGGACCUCCACACCGGACACGUCGGCUUCUUCUCGCACGGAGACCACCAGAGAGUCUCAAACCGGCACCCGCCCACAGAUGUCCACAUCAACUCCUUCCUCCUCCCCGAGUACACACAAUGUGACAGGGACUGUUCCUCAGGACACAUCUCUUCCAGGUGAAACAGCUGCCUCAUUCCUUUCUAGUGUCACGAUGACAUCAAGGAUUAUACCAAUGACAACCUCCACAGACUCCACUGUUGGAAACGCAGGGGACACAGCAACACCACUUACUGGAAAUCUGAUGCCCGUCACCUCAGCCUCCUCAGUAACAGCUGAGCCAGAAGGACAAUCCACAGCAAUUUCAUCAAGGACCUCUGCCUCGGACACUACAGGUUUUUCUCAGAACCACCAGAGCCAGAGCAUGGAGACCACCAUAGCGUCUGAUACAGACACCCUCACACAGAGGCCUGUGUUAAGUCUUUCCUCUUCCCCAGGUGUACCCAAGGUGACAGGCACUGUUCCUCAGGAGACAGCCCCUCCAGAUGAAAUGACCACCUCAUUCCCCUCCAGUGUCAGCAACACACUCAUGAUGACAUCAGCAAUGCCAUCCUCCACAGACUCUACUCUUGGAAGCGCAGAGGAGACAUCAACACCUGGAACUAAAAUUCCUUCCGCAAUCACCUCGCCAGCCUCCGUAACAGCUGAGCCAGAAGGGCCGUCACCAGCAACUGCCACAAGGUUCUCUACCCAGGACCCAGCAGCUUUUUCUCAGAGCCACCAGACUCAGAGCAUGGAGUCCACCAGAGACUCUCAAACCAGUGUCCUCACACAGCGAACCACAUCAACUCUUUCCCCUUCCCCAAGUGUACUCAAUGUGACAGAGAGUGUGUCUUGGGAGACAUCCCCUCCAGAUGAAAUGACCACCUCAUCCCCAUACGGUGUCACCAACACACCCAUGAUGACAUCAAAGACUAUAACAAUGACAACAUCUACUGAAUCCACUCUUGGAAACCCAGAGGAGACAUCAACACCUGGAACUAAAAGUUCUACCUCAGUGAGCUUAGCAGUGUCAAUAACAGCUGAACCAGAAGGACACUCACAAACAACUUCUUCGAGGACCUCUAUCCAGGACACAUCAGCUUCCUCUCAGAACCACCAGAUUCAGAGCACAGAGACCACUAGAGAGUCUCAAACCAGCACCUUCACACAGAUGUCCACAUCAACUCUUUCAUCCUCCCCAAGUGUACACAAUGUGGCCACAACAGUUUCUCAGGACACAUUUCCUCCAGAUGAAACAACUGCCUCAUUCCUCUCUAGUGUCACGGACGCAUCCACGGUGACAUCAAAGGUUAUAACAAUGGCAGCCUCCACAGACACCACUCUUGGAAGCACAGCAGAGAUAUCAACACCACUUACUGGAGAUCUUAUGCGGGUCACCUCUGCAGCCUCAGUAACAGCUGAACCAGAAGGACAAUCAUCGGCAACUUUUCCAAGGUCCUCCAGCCAGGACACAACAGCUUUUUCUCAGAACCACCAGACUCAAAGCACGAACACCAGAGACUCUCAAAUCAGCACCCUCACAGGAGUGCCAACAUCAACUCUUUUAACUUCACCCAGUAGACACACUCUGACAGGAAGAUAUUCUCAGCAGACAUCCCCUCCUGAUGAAAUGACCACCUCAUCCCCCUCCAGUAUCACCAACACACUCACGAUGACAUCAAGGGUUAUAGCAAGGACAACCUCCACAGACUCCACUCUUGGAAACACAGGGGAGACAUCCGUACCUGUUACAGGAAGUCUUAUGCCAGUCACCUCAGUAGCCUCAAUAACAGUCGAACCAGAAGGAGAAUCCUCUGCAACUUUCUCAAGGACUUCUCAGUACACAACAGCUUUUCCUCAGAACCAGCAGACUCAGAGCGUGGGGACCACCAGAGGACCUCAGAUCAACACCCUCACACUGGUUGCAUCAACUGUUUUAUCCUCACCAAGUGGACUCACUCUGAGUGGAACAGUUUCUCAGGAGACACUCCCUUAUGCUGAAACAACCACUUCGUCCCCUUCCAGUGUCAGCAGCGCAUUCCUGGUAACAUCAGAGGUGUCCCGAAUGCCAACCUCCGCAGCUUCUACUCUUGGAAACACAGAGGAGACAGCGCGAUCUGUAAGGGGAACGACUUCUGCCAUCACUUCUCAAGUUUCAACCAGAUGGUGGUCAGACACCCUGUCAACAGCACUCUCCCCGAGUUCUUUACCUCCAAAACUACCCCCAGCUUUCCACACCCACCCGAGUGAGGGUGCAGAGACCACAGGACGGCCUCAUGAAAGGAGCUCAGUCUCUCCAGGUGUGUCUCAUGAGACGUUUACUCCACAUGAAACAACACUGACUUCCAGCGAAGGCCUCACAACUUGGUUACCAAAAGAGCUGCCCUCAACACCAACAAGUGUUGCCACUAUGCUGGUCACAGGAAGUCCAUCUACGUGGACAACUGGCACUAUUCCAGGAGUCCCUUCUGAGGUCUCAACAAUAGGGGAACCAGGGCAGCCCACCACACGCCCCUCCCAUAGCACAGCUCUCCCAGAAACAACAGGGGCAAGUGCCCAGACACAAUGGACACAAGAAAUGGGGACCACUGGAGAGGUUCUUGUCCACAGCCCAAGAUACAGUGUGACCCAGAUGACAAAAGCAGCCACAUCGCCCCCUUCCUCACCGAUGCUGGAUGGACACACACCACCACAAAGUACAACGGCACCGUCAACAUAUCCUCCAACAACACACCCUGUGAGCACCUCUCCUCGGAGACCGUCGGCUGUUUCCCACAGAGGUCACACUCCAGCCUCGAAGACCACACGAGAAUCCCAAACCACGAGGUCCGUCUCCCCCGUGACUGACAGCCUCAAGACAGCCACCACCCCAGCUUCUUCCUUCACAGCCAGCGGACACUCGCCCUCAGAAACUGUUCCUCAGGACGCAUCCGCCGUCAGUGCAGCAACAACCUUCACCCCAGCCCCCUCCAGGGACGGUCACAGGCCCCAGGCCCCAGCCACAGCACCGCAGGCAGCACCCGGCAGCCCUGACGCCACCCUGGGGCCCUCAGGAGGCACAUCGCUUUCCAUCACAGGCACCAUUCCUCCGGCCACCUCUGCGGUGUCAACACCAGUGGAUGCAGAAGGACGAUGGACAUCAGCCUCUGCCAGCACGUCACCCAGCACAGCACCCGCUAUGACCCAACCCCACCAGGCUCGGGGCACAGAGGCCUCCGGAGAAACACAGACCAGCCAACCGGCCUCCUCAGGGUCAGGCCCCAUCCCAGCUGGCACAGCUACCCCUUCCUCAUCCAGGACAAGUGGCACAACACCUUCAGGAAGCCACGGAAUGUCCACCUCAGGGGAGACCACGCGGUUCUCACCAAGACCCUCCAGGGACACUCACAUCCCCCAGUCAACAAGCGAAUUGCCGUCCCCCUCAGCCAGUCCGGACGUCACUCGGGCAAGCACCAUCCUGGCAAGCAUGGGAACGGGGUCCCCCUCAGCCAGUCACGGUGCCAGCCCAGCAAGCGCAGGAACGGGGUCCCCCUCAGCCAGUCCUGACGCCACCCCAGCAAGUGCAGGAACGGGGUCCCCCUCAGACAGUCACGGUGCCAGCCCAGCAAGCGCGGGAACAGGGUCCCCCUCAGCCAGUCCUGACGUCACCCGGGCAAGCGCGGGAACGGGGUCCCCCUCAGACAGUCACAGUGCCACCCCAGCAAGCGCGGGAACGGGGUCCCCCUCAGCCAGUCACAGUGCCACCCCGGCAAGCGCGGGAACGGGGUCCCCCUCAGCCAGUCACAGUGCCACCCCGGCAAGCGCGGGAACGGGGUCCCCCUCAGACAGUCCUGACAUCACCCUGGCAAGCGCGGGAACGGGGUCCCCCUCAGCCAGUCCUGACGCCACCCCGGCAAGCGCGGGAACGGGGUCCCCCUCAGCCAGUCACAGUGCCACCCCGGCAAGCGCGGGAACGGGGUCCCCCUCAGACAGUCCUGACGUCACCCGGGCAAGCGCGGGAACGGGGUCCCCCUCAGACAGUCCUGAUGCCACCCCGGCAAGCGCGGGAACGGGGUCCCCCUCAGACAGUCCUGACGUCACCCUGGCAAGCGCGGGAACGGGGUCCCCCUCAGCCAGUCCUGAUGCCACCCCGGCAAGCGCGGGAACGGGGUCCCCCUCAGACAGUCACAGUGCCACCCCAGCAAGCGCGGGAACGGGGUCCCCCUCAGCCAGUCACAGUGCCACCCCGGCAAGCGCGGGAACGGGGUCCCCCUCAGCCAGUCACAGUGCCACCCCGGCAAGCGCGGGAACGGGGUCCCCCUCAGACAGUCCUGACAUCACCCUGGCAAGCGCGGGAACGGGGUCCCCCUCAGACAGUCCUGACGUCACCCUGGCAAGCGCGGGAACGGGGUCCCCCUCAGACAGUCCUGACGCCACCCUGGCAAGCGCGGGAACGGGGUCCCCCUCAGACAGUCACAGUGCCACCCCGGCAAGCGCGGGAACGGGGUCCCCCUCAGACAGUCCUGACGUCACCCUGGCAAGCGCGGGAACGGGGUCCCCCUCAGCCAGUCCUGAUGCCACCCCGGCAAGCGUGGGAACGGGGUCCCCCUCAGCCAGUCCUGACUUCACCCCGGCAAGCGUGGGAACGGGGUCCCCCUCAGACAGUCCUGACGCCACCCCGGCAAGCGUGGGAACGGGGUCCCCCUCAGCCAGUCCUGACUUCACCCCGGCAAGCGUGGGAACGGGGUCCCCCUCAGACAGUCCUGACGCCACCCCGGCAAGCGUGGGAACGGGGUCCCCCUCAGACAGUCACGGUGCCACCCCGGCAAGUGCGGGAACGGGGUCCCCCUCAGCCAGUCCUGAAGCCACCCUGGCAAGCGCGGGAACGGGGUCCCCCUCAGCCAGUCCUGACGUCACCCCGGCAAGCGUGGGAACGGGGUCCCCCUCAGACAGUCCUGACGCCACCCCGGCAAGCGUGGGAACGGGGUCCCCCUCAGCCAGUCCUGACUUCACCCCGGCAAGCGUGGGAACGGGGUCCCCCUCAGACAGUCCUGACUUCACCCCGGCAAGCGUGGGAACGGGGUCCCCCUCAGACAGUCCUGACGCCACCCCGGCAAGUGCGGGAACGGGGUCCCCCUCAGCCAGUCCUGAAGCCACCCUGGCAAGCGCGGGAACGGGGUCCCCCUCAGCCAGUCCUGACGUCACCCCGGCAAGCGUGGGAACGGGGUCCCCCUCAGACAGUCACGGUGCCACCCCGGCAAGUGCGGGAACGGGGUCCCCCUCAGCCAGUCCUGACGUCACCCCGGCAAGCGUGGGAACGGGGUCCCCCUCAGCCAGUCCUGACACCACCCCGGCAAGCGUGGGAACGGGGUCCCCCUCAGACAGUCACGGUGCCACCCCGGCAAGUGCGGGAACGGGGUCCCCCUCAGACAGUCCUGACGUCACCCCGGCAAGCGUGGGAACGGGGUCCCCCUCAGCCAGUCCUGACACCACCCCGGCAAGUGCGGGAACGGGGUCCCCCUCAGACAGUCACAGUGCCACCCCGGCAAGCGUGGGAACGGGGUCCCCCUCAGCCAGUCACAGUGCCACCCCGGCAAGCGUGGGAACGGGGUCCCCCUCAGCCAGUCCUGACACCACCCCGGAAAGCGUGGGAACGGGGUCCCCCUCAGACAGUCACCGUGCCAGCCCGGCAAGCGCGGGAACGGAGUCCCCCUCAGCCAGUCCUGCGGCCACUCCCAGCCCCACCGCCCGGUCCACAGGCCACGCGGCCCCUCUUGCUGUCACCAGCACCGCCUCGGCACCCACAGUGUCCUCGGGCGCAGCUCGGAAGACGGAAGCACCUGGAAUGAUGACACCCUCCCUGAAGACCGACACUGGGAGAAGCACGGCCGCAUCACUGCCCCCAACAACCUCCCGAACCAUCACCUCCGCCAUUCCCAACACUUCCACAGACACCCGAUCCACAGCUGCCCCCGUCCCCAUCCCGUCUGAGAAAGGAGUUUCCCUCCUCCCCUACGGGUCGGGCGCUGGGGACCUGGAGUUCGUCAGGAGGACUGUGGACUUCACCUCCCCACUCUUCAAGCCCCUGACUGGCUUUCCCCUCGGCUCUUCUCUCCGGGAUUCUCUCUAUUUCACAGACAACGGCCAGAUCAUCUUCCCAGAGUCAGACUACCAGAUUUUCUCCUACCCAAACCCGCUCCCAACAGGCUUCACAGGCUGGGAGACUGUGGCCCUGGUGGCUCCGUUCUGGGAUGAUGCUGAUUUCUCCGACGGUCGAGGGACCGUAUUUUACCGGGAAUAUGAGACGCUCUACGGUGAACACAACCCACUAGUCCUGCAGGCUGAGUCUUGGAUUAGAAAGAUUACAAACAACGGGGACUACAAGGCCAGGUGGACCCUAAAGGUCACGUGGGUCAGUGCCCACGCCUAUCCUGCCCAGUGGAGCCUCGGGACCAACACCUACCAGGCCAUCCUCUCCACGGACGGAAGCAGGUCCUAUGCCCUGUUUCUCUACCAGAGCGGUGGGAUGCAGUGGGACGCGGCCCGGCACGCAGGCAGCCCGGUGCUCAUGGGCUUCUCCAGCGGAGAUGGCUAUUUUGAAAACAGCCCACUGAUGUCCCAGCCAGUGUGGGAGAAGUAUCGCCCCGACAGGCUCCUGAAUUCCAACUUAGGCCUCCGAGGGCUGCAGUUCUACAGGCUACACAGGGAAGAAAGGCCCAACUACCGUCUCAUGUGCCUGCAGUGGCUGAGGAGCCAGCCUCAGUGGCCCAGCUGGGGUUGGAACCAGGUCUCCUGCCCUUGUUCCUGGCAGCAGGGACGAUGGGACUUACGAUUCCGACCCGUCAGCAUAGGUCGGUGGGCCCCCGGCAGCAGGCAGCUCUGCAGCUUCACCUCCUGGCGAGGAGGCGUGUGCUGCAGCUACGGGCCCUGGGGAGAGCUUCGUGAAGGCUGGCACGUGCAGAGUCCUCGGCAGUUUGGUGCCCAGGAACUGGAGCCGCAGAGCUGGUGCUGCCGCUGGAAUGACAAGCCCUACCUCUGUGCCCUGUACCAGCAGAGGCGGCCCCGAGUAGGCUGCGCUGCAUACAGGCCACCACGGCCCGCCUGGAUGAUCGGGGACCCCCACAUCACCACCUUAGACGGUGUGAAUUACACCUUCAAUGGGCUGGGGGACUUCCUGCUGGUCCAGGCCCAGGACGGGAACUCCUCCUUCCAGCUGCAGGGCCGCACCGCCCAGACCGCCUCAGCCCAGGCCACCAACUUCGUUGCCUUUGCUGCUCAGUACCGCUCCAGCAGCCUGGGCCCCGUCACGGUUCAGUGGCUCCUUGAGCCUCACGACAGAAUCCGUGUUCUGCUUGACAACCAGAAUGUGACGUUUGAGCCUGACCACGAAGACGAUGGAGGCCCAGAGACGGUCAGCGCCCCCGGAGUCCUCCUGAGCCACAGCGGCCACGAGGUCUCGGCCAGCUUCGACGGCUCUGCCACGGUCUCGGUGACGGCGCUCUCCAGCAUCCUCCACGCCUCCGCCAGCCUCCCGCAGGAGUAUUGGAACCUCACCGAGGGCCUCCUGGGGAUCUGGAAUAACAAUCCGGAGGACGACUUCAGGAUGCCCAAUGGCUCCACCAUUCCCCCAAGUAGCUCUGAGGCCACGCUUUUCCACUAUGGAAUGACCUGGGAGAUCAACGGGACAGGCCUCCUUGGCAAGAGGAAUGACCAGCUGCCCUCCAACUUCACCCCUGUUUUCUAUGACCAACUGCGAACAAACAGCUCCUCGGAUCAAGAUUUGAUCUCCAGCUGCAACGGAGAUAGAUCCUGCAUCUAUGACGCCCUGGCCACGCGCAACACAAGCAUUGGACAUCACACGCUGGCGCUCCAUAAAACCUACGAGCGGGUGAACGCCACCUUCAAUCAGUACCCACCCUCCAUCGAGGGUCGCCAUGUGGUUGAAGCCUACAAGGGGCAGACCGUGCUGAUUCAGUACACCAGCAAUGCUGAGAAUGUCACCUUCAUGCUCAGAGACAAUUGUACUGACUUGAAGCUCUUCGAGAAUGGGACAUUGCUGUGGACACCCAAGUCACUGAAGCCAUUCUCUCUGGAGAUUCUAGCAAGAAGUGCCAAGACUGGCUUGUCGUCUGCACUCCAGCCCAGGACCAUGGUCUGCUACUGCAGUGCAAAGAGCCAGUGUUUGUACAACCAGACCAGCAGGGUAGGCAGCUCCUCCCUUGAGGUGGCUAGCUGCAAGUGUGACAGGGGCACCUUCGGCCACUACUGCGAGCGCUCUGCGGACGCCUGUGAGGAGCCAUGCUUUCCAAAUGUCAGCUGCGUUCCUGGGAAGGGCUGCGAGGCCUGCCCUCCAGACCUGACCGGGGAUGGGCGGCACUGUGCCGCUCUGGGCAGCUCUUCCCUCUGUCGGAACCAGUCCUGCCCUGUGAAUUACUGCUACAAUCAAGGCCACUGCUAUAUCUCUGAGGCUCUGGGCUGCCGGCCCUCGUGCACCUGCCCCCCAGCCUUCACCGAUAGCCGCUGCCUCCUGGCUGGAAACAACUUCACUCCGACUGUCCGCCUAGAACCUCCCUUAAGAGUCAUCCAGCUCUUGCUCAGCGAAGAGGAAAAUGCCUCCAUGGCAGACAUCAACGCCUCGGUGGCGUACAGACUGCGGACCCUGCACGGGCAGGCCUUUCUCUACAACAGCGAAGUGAACCGAAUCGAUUCCCCAGCACCAGCCUCAGGAAGCCCCAUGCAAUACUGGACGGUCAUGUCGCAGUUCCAGUACCGCCCUUGGGGCCCUGUCAUCCACUUCCUGAACAACCAGCUGCUGGCCGCGGUGGUGGAGGCGUUCUUACACCAGCAUGUUCCCCGGAGGAGUGAGGAGCCCAGGAACGACGUGGUCUUCCAGCCCCUCUCCAGGGAAGACGUGCGCGAUGUGGCGGCCUUGAACGUGAGCAUGCUGAGGACUUACUUCAAAUGCAGUGGCUACGAGGGCUACAACCUGGUUUACGGCCCCCAGAGCGGCUUCACCUGUGUGUCCCCGUGCAGUAGGGGCUACUGUGACCACGGAGGCCAGUGCCAGCACCUGCCCAGUGGGCCCCGCUGCAGCUGCGUGUCCUUCUCCAUCUACACAGCCUGGGGUGAGCGCUGUGAGCACCUGAGCAUGAAACUCAAAGCGUUCUUCGGGAUCUUCUUUGGGGCCCUCAGUGCCCUCUUGCUGCUGGGGUUCGGGAUGUUUGUGGUCCUGCACUUCUGGGGUUGCCCCAGGACCAGAUUCUCCUACCCUCUGGACUCGGAAAGCUGAGGCCUCACCUUGAAGGGGCAGCUGUGACUAGGAUACCUUAAGACCCACCCCGUCCUCACCACACACCUAAGAUGCAUUGCUUUUGGGAGACUGGAAAAGGGAAGGUGACUGAAGACUACUGGGAUUCUUCAAGGAGAAUGAAUACUGGGAAUCAAGACAAGACUACGCCUUGUGGGUAGGCGCAGGGACACAUGGGGAGGCCAUAAGGAUCCAGUGGCAUGGAUGGGUCCUCACACAGACACACCCACAGCCACAGGACACUGGCCUGUGCACGCACGCACACAUGCACAGAUACGCACACGUACACACACAUGCAUGUGCACAUGCACACACAUACAUGCAGGCACACACAUACGCAUGCACACACAUGUGCGCAUGCAGACACGCGCACGCACAUACGCAUACAUGCACACACGCCAGAUUUCAUCAUGCAGGGAUAGCUCUAAGUUAACCAGAAUGCUUCCGCACAUAAAAUUCUCUGGUUUACUUCUAAUUAAAGUCUAUUUAAAUGAA